GUAGCAUUUGGAGAAUAACUUUUGUUCUGAUUAAAAGGGAUGGUAUUUUUUUAUAAUUAAUUAAAAUUAAUACUUAUUUUUUAUAUAUAUUGUUAAUAAAACUACAAAAACAAGAUAUCAUACACCCUAAAAAGCCAUAAUUAUAAAAAAGUGAAUUUAAUAUUAAAACGCAAACGAAGUCGUCAAAAAAAAAAACAACAUAGAACAUAAGGAACAAAAAUCAAUAAUUAAAAAAAACAAAAAAAAUUUGACAAACGAAAUUAGAAGAAAUACUAUACAAAAGUGAAAAAAACAACAAAUAGACAAAGAAAACAUUACAGAUUAGUUUGUUUGGUGAAUAAUAAAUAUUAUUUAAUUACAAGGCCAUUUCACAAAGCGUUCAUAAAAACAAAAAAGGAAAAAAAGAAAAAAAAACUGCAAAAAUGUCUACAGCGGAAGCACCUUUGGUGCAAUUGGAAGAUGUUGAUCUUAUGAACCACUUUAGUGAUGAUGAUACAACAGAAAAAUCAGCAAACAAGCAACAAUUAACCACCGAAGUUGAGAUAAACACUAUUGGUCUCAACAAAAAGAAACGAAGAAAACCAAAGAAUAACAAACAGCAAGAACAAAUGCUCUUAUCAUUGAAAGACGACGACGUCGACGACGACAACGCUGAAGGUGAUGACGACGAUGAUGAGGAAGAUGCUGAUGAAGUAGCGGGUGUGCGAAAAAAUAACGAUAGCAUUGAGGCAGCAGUGCAGCAAACAGUUUUAGCAUUUGAUGAACAUGAUUUUUUUGGCACCCACAAUCAUUUAAUAUCAGAACCAACUUUUACACACAAUGGUAAUGGUCAUGUAAACAAACAAAUAACCACUACAAAUGUGAAACAACCUGCAAUUGUGGCGAUGACAAAACCAACAACAACGACGACGACUACACCGACGAAGACAACGUCAUUGCUUUUAAAUACUCACGAUACUAGUUUAUUAACGUCUCACUCGCUGAGCAAUGGUGGUGCCAGUGGAGGUGCUGGAUGCGAUGUUAAAACAAAUGUAGAUGAAAUUAUUGAAAGUAGCAGUAGUAGUAAUAAGACCUCAAACAGUCAACAGCAUUACACCAGUAGUAAUUCUCCACGCUCAGCCGGUAACAGUCACACAAAUUCACCUGCGUCUCGACAUCAACAAAAUUACGCUUCAGCCUCUACUUCAAACAAUCCACAUACAACAAAUAAAACAACCACUGAGCCAAGAUUAUUCAGCAGUAACAUUUUACCAUCGCAUUUACGUCAGGAUUCGUAUCAUGAUGAUACUGAUGAAAUUUGUUUAGUUCCUGAGGUGGACUUUGAGUGUUCAAGUAUUAUGGAUCAUUGCACAGAUAACAGGGAAUCCCAACCAUUGUUGGGUGGUGGUGGCGCCGGUGGCAGUGCGGGUAGUAGGGAUCAUUUUGAUAUGGCCUGCAAUACAUUUAUGGAUGAUCCCAGUUUUACCGAAAUUGUGGCCCAAGUUGAGUCUGCCAUUGAACAUGGCGUUAUGCCGGAACGUAUUUAUCAAGGCAGCAGUGGUUCAUAUUUUGUGAAAAAUUCUGCGGGGAAAGUCUUGGCUGUUUUUAAGCCUAAAGAUGAGGAACCCUACGGACGCCUUAAUCCUAAAUGGACCAAAUGGAUGCAUAAAUUAUGCUGUCCAUGUUGUUUUGGCAGAGCCUGUUUAAUACCAAAUCAAGGUUACCUUUCGGAAGCUGGUGCCAGUUUAGUCGAUCGUAAACUAAAUCUGAAUGUGGUGCCAAAAACACGAGUUGUACGUUUGGUAGCCGAAACAUUUAAUUAUGCGCGUAUAGAUCGACAGAAGGCCAAGUUGAAGAGAAGGAUAAAGGAACAUUAUCCUUCGGCGAGAUUUAAUCGCAUGAGUUUGCCCCUAAAGACUGGUUCCUUUCAACUCUUUGUUGAAGGUUAUAAAGAUGCCGAUUUCUGGUUGAGACGUUUCGAGCAGGAACCCCUAACAACCGGACUUAAUAAAUCAUUUCAAUUGCAAUUCGAGCGGUUGGUUGUUUUAGAUUACAUUAUACGCAACACGGAUCGUGGCAACGACAAUUGGCUUAUCAAAUACAGUCAACCGAAAAUAACAAAAAAAGUCAAUGGUACUGGAGGCAAAUCACUGGCAUCCAGUCAAAAUGAAUUAAAAAUCGAAUCCACAGACACGCCAGAUCAAUCACAAAACAAUAAUAUCGUCAAUAUAAACGAAAGUAAAAAUGAUAAAUUAAUCGAUGUUGCAGUAUCGGUAGCUAGUUCGGGCUCACUGGCUGAAUCGAGCAGUAGUACUGGCAGCAGCAUUGGCGGCGAUACAAAUCCAGCAGCAGCUACAGCAGCUGGUGGUGAAAGGCCAAACGACUGGAAUAUGGUCGAUGCGCCGCAAUUACGAAUAGCUGCCAUCGAUAAUGGCCUGGCAUUUCCCUUCAAACAUCCCGAUUCGUGGAGAGCCUAUCCCUAUCAUUGGGCCUGGUUGCCACAAGCUAAAGUGCCAUUCAGUGAGGAAAUAAAACAAUUAGUACUGCCACAAUUAUCUGAUAUGAACUUUGUAGAAGAAAUGUGUACAGAUUUAUUUUAUUUAUUUCAACAAGACAAGGGAUUCGAUAAAAGUCUCUUCGAGCGUCAGAUGUCGGUGAUGAGGGGACAAAUAUUGAAUUUAACACAGGCCUUAAAAGAUGGCAAAUCACCGGUACAACUGGUACAAAUGCCAGCUGUUGUUAUUGAAAAAUCGAAGGCUUCUCGUGGCUUUUUCUCGUUUACUCAGCGCUUCCAAAAUAAAAGUCCUUUUUUCUCUUGGUGCUAACAUUUUUGUUUCAAUUCAAUCAAACGAAAACUAUGUCUCCAUCUUGUUGGCUUUAUAUAUACUAUAUAGUACAUAUACAUAUUAUACCUUUGAGAAAAUGUACGUACAUAUACAUAUAGUUUGUCAUGUUAAAAAGUCUUUUUUUUUAAGUUCCUUGUGUUAUAAUUUUAAAGUCUCAUGUGCAUAUACAUACAUACUCUAUCUAUAUUUACUUACUCUAUUUACUUUAUAAACAAAUCUCUAUCUACUACUUGUUAAUCAAAAA